UGGAGUUGUCAAUAUGGCCUAUGGGUGUUAACUGGACAAAUUAAAUAAAAUGAAGAAUGUAGAUAUAGUAAAUUCACCUAAAACUCCAGGUGGUAUAACAAAGACUUUGUUAACGCCAAUCAGGCGCAUAGGUUUGUCUCGAAACUGGAAAAAGACAGGUAAAUCCCCAUUUAUAUCCCCACUUUCAAAUGCAACCAACACGGAUGAAAAUAAAUCGCACGGUGAAUUGCAAAGUGCGAAAACAUCAGAGUUACCUCAAGAAGUAAUAAAAAAUGAUGAAGGCACACCUAAACCCAGAAACAACGUUAAACAUUACACUCCUUCAAGAGAUACCUCACUUGGUAAAAGAAAGUCAAAAACAUUUAUUUUAACUGCCGAUUCUGGGGACGAAGAUGAUAUAAAUAUAAGCAAAAAUAUUAAUGGUCCCGUAAAUCUCUCACCCAUUAAAAGUAACCUUGAUAAGACUAUGAAUUCUAAUCUUAUUUCAAAAAUGGAAGCUGAGAAUGACAUCCCCAUAAAGAUAUCAGCCAUUGCCAACAAAAUGACUAAGACCAGAAAAGUAAAUUCAAAAUUAAUAUUGAAUUCAAAUUGUGGGGAGGAGGAUGAAGAGAACAUUAGCAAAAAACUUAAAUUGGAUUUAGAGAAUUUUUCAACAAGUAGCAACAUUGUUAAGGCCAAAAAAAGUAAUUCUAACGAACAUCCCAUUUCAAAACAAGAAAGUUACUGUGAGAAUAAUAUUGUAAAUAAGUCUGUUGAUAUCAAAUCUGAAGAAAAGAAAAUGCUUCCAAAUAACUUAACAAAAGAAUGUAUAAUUGUUUUACAGAAAAAGUUAAUGAAAAAUGUAAAGGUGGAUGAAAAACCCAAAAAAUUAACACAAAAAUCUGUAACUCAGGAACUUUUUGAGUCAGACUCUGAUGAGGUUCCACUGUCUGAGAUAAGUUUACCACAAAAUGUGAAUGAGGAAGAUGAAUUCGUGGAAACUAAUGUAAAGAUACAAAAGCUACAUAAAAAUACAUCUACUACUGGACUUAUCAAAAAGAGUAAACCUAGAAAACAGAAACUAUUAUAUCCCGUAAAAACUGAACCUGCUAAUAUACAAUCUAAUUCUGAUGAUGAUGAUUUUGAGAUUUUCCAGAAAAGAAAUUCUUUAGUUAGAAAUAGUAAUAAAACAUGUAAAUUACAAAAAGCACACUCAACAGGUUCAAUCACUAAGAAAGAUAUAGAUGAUAUGCAAGCCAGAAUAGAAAUGAAAAAGAAAUUAUUAGUUGCUAAAACUAUGACAGAAGACACUGCUGAGUUGAGAUGUUUGAUAAGGAAGUGGCAAAAAGGCUGUCAAGAGGCCUUGAUGGAACUUUUUGAUUUGAUGAAAAUUAAGUUUCCUGAUAAACGGAAUAUGGACUACUCAGAGAUAUUGGAUACUUUAAAAAUACCACAUGAGUUAGUUGGUUAUGAUGAAGAAAAUGACUGUUUUGUUACACCCAAUGAUUCUAGCAUAAUUUUAUCUAGUAUUCAUACUUAAUUUUCUUUUAAUGUAUGUAGCCAUUAAUUUUAAUUUAAUAUUGAUGAUUUAUGUAUAUUUAAUUAAUAUAAUUUCAAAAAUUGAAUUGCUGUAUGCUGGUAAAUAGAAAUAUAAUACAGUAUAUAAUAAUAAAAGAAAUAUAAAUUUAUUACAUA